GCAAACCUGAAAUCCACCAUCGCCAUGCCUGAAAUUUUAGAAAACAUUUAACCUGAAAUGGUCAAAUGGUCUGAAAAAAUUAGACCCAUUCUCUUUGCUGUAGAUCCACCAUCGCCGGGCCGCCAUUUUUGAGCUCCACCAGAAGAAACCAUCUUCCUCAAUCUUGCUCCGCUACUCGCGCUAAAGACUAGAUAGAUGUCUCACCCAAGCGGCCAAGCUUGACUUCAAGAGGUACGUCAUGGAGAAGGCGACGUCGGUGAACAAGGCCUUGGAAGGCGCAAUCUUGCUGAAGGAGCCGCUCAAGAUCCAUGAAUCCAUGAGGUACUUCCUCCACGCCACUAAAGUUGGGAGAGGAACCCCUUGGACGUGUGAUACAGGGAUAAUUUCCUUCAUCUUCUUCAAAAUCACAACCAUCUCUUGUAUGAUAGAGAACAUCACGAAAGAGCUCUGAAUAAUAAUCUUUCUCUCUCUAGUUUCGAAGUGAACAGUAACUCGAAAUCAGUUUCGGCCAAAUUGCAGCUGCUUUCAGAUACAUCCCAUUCGUAUUAAAGCUGAGAUGUUGGGUAGCAGAAAGUAGAUUAGAGAUGACAGGAAGAAUUGAUUGAUAUCAGACCUAAGAGAACGAAUAUGGUUGAGGUUGUUUUAUUGAUGAAGACAGUUCAGAGCUUGUUCAAACCUAGUCUUAAGAUGGACACAGAAGGACGAUAGGCCUUCAUGGUCACAGGGAGGUCACAGGGAGGAAUUUGCGAUGAAGUGUGCUUAAUUUCUUGAACUGUUGCAAUGAAAUUUGUAUAAGAAUCAUGACUGCAAUCAGGAUUUGGUGCAUUCACAGCCACAGCAGCAACCCCUUCUGUUUUUGUGCAAGACUCCCACCACAGGAUGUUUACUUUUCGAACUGGAGAAUUAUUUUUCUAAUGGGACAUUAAGCUAUGCUUCUCUUCCUUAUAGGAGAUUGUUCCAGACAGUAAUGGCGAGCCAAAACUUCUGUGAGAUAGAUACAGCGGACCCUUUAUGUUCCUAGGGCCACCAUUCUACAUUCACUAUGGGUCCUACGUUCUAUUUGGAUUUCGCUAUCUUCUUUUUGUUUUUUUUUGCUUUUAUGAGUGAGAUUGAUUGAUAGUAUGAGUUCCCAAUUGAUUGAUAGUAUGAGUUCCCAAUUCCCUUUGUGUGUAGCGUGAUAUUAAAUAGUCUGUCCAUGU